CAGCGUUGAUUGGAGAGUGAGUGAGUGAGUAGUGGGGGCGUUUCAGCUCUGAGUCUGUAUUUUGACCAUAACAACAAAAAGAGAGAGAAACUAACAAACAAACAAACAAGAUUCUGCUUCUAGCUUUAGCUUUUGCGUUUGCGUUUGCGUCUAACCUCUCUUCCCCUUCCGGAACCGUACAUUCACUCUCUGCAAUUUCCUCAUCGAUCCCUGCUACUGAUUCGGUGAGUUGAUUAGAGUUGAUGGACUGGAGCUGUAAAGGUGAUCAGAAUUGGUAUAAUCAAAAUCCGAGCAUUCAUCAUAACAUUCCUGUCAAUUGAAUGUUUUCAUUCUUUCUCAUUUGAACAUGAAGUGAGGUUUUUCUGCUGUAUGGAAAUUGUGUACACAGUUUAGUUAUUUUUGAAUUUUAAUAUGGGUGGCAUUUGUUCGAGAUCAUGGAAAGCUACUGUAGAUGGUGUAGCUGUAGAUAAUGUACCUGGUGAAAGUUCGAGACAUUCUGCGAAUAAUGGUCAUGCUAAUAUUGACAAUGAAGGUGGAAAUGGAAUGGCUUAUCAGUCUGUUUCUGCGACUAUAAAUAGUAAUUCAACUUUGCUUCCUCUCGCUGAUGGGUUUGAUAAACAUCAACGGGAGUCAUUUUCGUUUACUGGAUUGGAGAAGGUUCCGUAUGGGCCGGGUAUGGAGGAUAUAAAUGAUGGGAUUCCUCGGCUGCCACGGACGUUAUCGCAUAAAUCUAGGAAAACUGUUAAGGUAUCAGAAGUGAGCUCCCUCUUGGGCAGAGCAGGUACAGUCGGACUUGGCAAGGCCGUAGAUGUUUUGGACACACUAGGUAGUAGUAUGACAAAUUUGAAUCUCAAUAGUGGUUUUACAUCGGGAGUUACAACAAAAGGAAAUAAAAUUUCAAUUUUGGCCUUUGAAGUUGCAAACACAAUAGUUAAGGGUGCCAAUCUAAUGCAAUCUCUUUCAAAAGAGAGCAUUAAACAUUUAAAAGAGGUUGUUCUGCCAUCUGAUGGAGUGCAAAACUUAGUAUCUAGAGAUAUGAAUGAACUCCUAAGAAUUGCUGCUGCAGACAAGAGAGAAGAAUUGAAAAUAUUUUCGGGCGAAGUUGUGCGGUUUGGAAAUCGAUGCAAAGAUCCCCAGUGGCACAACCUGGAACGUUAUUUUGAGAAGUUAGGUUCAGAGCUUUCACCUCAAAGGCAAUUGAAAGAGGAGGCAGAGAUUGUGAUGCAACAAUUAAUGACCUUUGUUCAAUAUACUGCUGAAUUAUAUCAUGAAUUGCACGCCUUAGACAGGUUUGAUCAAGAUUAUCGACGCAAGCUUCAAGAAGAGGACAGUUCAAAUGCCACACAGAGAGGAGACAGCCUUGCAAUUUUAAAAGCAGAACUGAAGAGUCAAAAGAAGCAUGUAAGAAAUUUGAAAAAAAAAUCACUGUGGUCCAAGAUUUUGGAAGAGGUGAUGGAAAAGCUUGUAAAUAUCGUCCAUUUUCUAUAUUUGGAGAUAAACGAAGCAUUUGGUAGUGUUGACAUUGAUAAGCAAGUGAAAGAUUCUCAAGGCAACCAUAAGAAGUUGGGGGCUGCUGGUCUUGCUUUGCAUUAUGCAAACAUUAUCACUCAAAUUGAUACUCUGGUAUCUCGAUCAGGUUCUGUGCCUCCUAAUACUAGGGAUGCUUUAUAUCAAGGACUGCCUCCUAAUGUAAAAUCAGCAUUGCGCUCUAAGUUACAGUCAUUUCAGGUUAAAGAAGAGCUUACUGUCCCACAAAUCAAAGAUGAAAUGGAGAAAACAUUGAAGUGGCUUGUUCCUAUUGCUACUAACACAACGAAAGCUCAUCAUGGCUUUGGAUGGGUUGGAGAAUGGGCAAACACAGGGUCUGAUGUCAACCGUAAACCUACGGGCCAGUCAGACUUGUUGAGAAUCGAAACACUACACCAUGCUGAUAAAGAUAAAACAGAAGCGUAUAUACUUGAACUGGUUGUUUGGCUACAUCACCUAGUCAGCCAAGUAAGAGUUGGCAACGGAGGAAUAAGGUCCCCUGUCAAAUCUCCGAUUCGUUCUCCAAACCAGAAAACAUUGCAAUUGUUUACACAAAAAGGCUGCUCUUCUUCUCCCUUGUUAACAAUCGAAGAUCAACAAAUGCUUCAAGAUGUUGGCAAGAGGAAACUAACACCCGGCAUCAGUAAAAGUCAGGAAUUUGAAACUGCCAAGACUAGGUUGAACAAACACCAUAGACUUAGCAAGAGUAGUAAUCAUUCCCCAAUCAGUGAAAGCAAAAACGAUAUAUUCUGCACAAGAUGGCGGCUACCUUCUAUUCCUUUCAUCGACUUUGAUAUUGACCGAAUGAAGGCCUUGGAUGUCAUUGAUAGGGUGGAUAGCAUUGGAGGUUCAUAAUUGUUAUUAUUGAAUGGAUUUUUUGGUUUGUUCAAGUUGAGUGCUCCCCUCUGUUUCUAUUUUGUUGAUUUGCUAGGCAAGAGUAAUAAUCUUUUUGAGAUUGAUGUAUUGUGGCAUGGGAACAAAGGGGGUCACAGUUUUCAUAAGAUAUAUCUGUACAGAUCAUAUGGUCAUAUAAAUAUUUUUCUCUUGGCUUAA